AUGAAAAAUGAGAUGCGGACCACUGUGAUGGUAUCAGUAGUAUUGGUCGGAGUGUUAGCUCUAGCUGGAAUUAUCAGUUGUAUGAUAAUAAAACGUCGAAGGAAGGGAAUGGAAGGAAUAGAAGCGAUACAGAGAUGUGAAGCAUUGCAGAAAUAUCUUGAAACGGGUGUUGAAAUUGAUCAAGGAACGAUGAAUGUAAAUGUGGACCCUAGAAUGCGCCAAAAAUUAAUGUCAACAAGGUCACGUCACCGAAAAGAACGUAUCAGUCUGCCUUUAAAUUCGAGAAGAUUUCGAUUCAGCAAAUUUCAAAGUUCGGGACAACAAAGCACUAAUAUUAAUGUCAAUAAUGAAAUAGAAAAGAUGAAAUGA